AUGGAGGAUAAUCAUGGCGAUCCCAAGGUGACUUCUGACGAGGAUAACGGUGUGAUCAGUCUCAGCAACAGUCCAAGCAGCAAUGGCUCAACAGACAGCCCGCACGUUUGGCUCGUCGGCGGAGGCAUUGCUUCGCUCGCUGCCGCUGUGUUCCUGAUCGACGAUGCGCAUGUACCGGGUAGCCACAUCCAUAUUCUCGAGGCAUCAUCGAAAGCGGGUGGCUCAAUGGCGGCAUUCUCGAAGCCUUCUUGGGAGACAGGGUAUCGGGUGUCUGCCAUUCGAAAAAUGAGUCUCACGUAUCAUUGCUUAUAUGGUAUGUUGGAGAAGGUACCUUCUGACACCGAAGGUGAGACGCUGGCCGCCCGCCUGCGCCGCUUCAACAAGGAAAGCAAGAAACUCGGUGCUUCAGGAACAAGAUUGGUGAGGCAGAUUCCCGAUGAGUGUGGAAAAGAGAAGCCCGAAGCAGUCGAUGUGAGCACCAUGGGUCUGAGUGUAAAGAACCAAUGCGACUUGAUGAGAGUGGUUCUAGAAACAGAGGAAGAGCUGGAAGGACUUGAGAUCCAAGCUUUAUUCGAACCGGACUUCUUCGAGACGAAUUUCUGGGAUUUGUGGUCGUCGCUCAAUCGGUUUCACCCUUGGUGUAGUGCUGUUGAGUUCAGACGCUGCUUGCACCGUAUGUUACAUGAGUUUCCCAAUAUGGGAACAUUGUCGGGUGUAGAACAGGCACCGGAGGAGGACUUCCAGGCUAUCAUCAAGCCUUUGACGCAGUAUCUCAAGGCAAUGGAUGUCGAAUUUCGGCACGGCAUACUCGUUAGUGGAUUGGAGAUUGAAGAUGAAGGAUCUGACAUUCGAGUGACUGCCUUGAAGACAUACCAAGACAGCAAACAUGUGCCAUUGACGUUGGGGCCUGACGACCUUGUGUUUCUUACUCUGGGCUCUUUGACUUCCGGUAUGGGUUACGGGGCAAAUGAUCAACCCCCGCCGACAAUGGAGCUGCGUGAUUCAGCACCUCAUGAACUCGACCCUUCAUGGACUUUCUGGGAUAGACUUGCUUUGGAGCGCCCACAAACAUUUGGCAACCCCGAAGCUUUCUUUGACCGACCUUCGAAAUCGACCUGGCUUUCUUUCACUGUCACUCUUCGCGAUCCAGCGUUCUUUGAGCAUCUGUGCAAAUGGACGGGCACACUCACCGGCGCCGUGCCUCUCCUUACCUUCCGCGAUUGCCCUUGGAUGCUUUCCCUAACAAUCCCCCAGCAGCCGUACGUCAAAGAUCAACCCGACGGCGUCUUUGUAUUCUGGGGCUACGGCCUCUUCCCUGAUCAACAAGGCCGAUACGUCAGAAAGCCUAUGCUGGAGUGCACAGGCGCCGAGAUCCUCACCGAGCUGCUACACCUAAUGGCCUUCCCCCUCCAGCCAACACUCGAGCGCUCUAUCACUAUCCCUUGUCUGAUGCCCCUGAUCGGCAGCCCCUUCCUCACGCGCAAGAAAGGCGAUAGGCCGAAGGUGAUUCCCGACGGAAGCAAGAACUUGGGACUGAUGGGACAGUUUGUUGAGAUCGAGCGGGAAGUGACGUUUACGAUGGAGUACUCGGUGCGGUCGGCACAGCUGGCUGUGUAUGGACUUAUGGGCUUGGAUAAGAAGCCUCCGGGGGUGCAGGGCGAGGAUCAUGAGGUUUUGACAUUGGGAAUGGCGUUGAAAACGAUGAUGACUUGA